AGAUCCGUGAGAAGCAAAGUCAGAUAAGUUACCGCUUUAGAAAGAACAACCAGGAGUCUCCUAUACCCACAAACACAGCAAGAUGACAAGGAUUAAGGGACUCGGCGCGAACGUGCUGGGGAGGCUUGGCCCGUUCUCUAGGGCACCGCCCACUCCUCCCUUCCGUUCUGCCAUUAAGGUUUGCUCUUUGGUAGCGGAGAGUCGUGGCAGAAGAACAAGAGAGCCUUCAUGAAAGCCCUUCACACCAGCACAUUCCUGCAGAACAUGGAAGGCUCCGUCCAAUCAGAGAUCACCAUAGCCACAGAUAGUCUUCAGAAUGAGUGUGAUAAACCAAUGAAAAUCGGCGACAUAAUGCUGCCGGCAUGCACCAACGCCAUCGUGGGCCUCUUAUUGGGUGGCUCCCUUCCACGUGACUGCCCAGAACGGAAGGAGCUUUUGAAAGUGGCGCGAAGCCUUGAGGGCGCUGAUCUCCGCUCAAUUCUGACACAGAUCUCGCUCAAACAUCCAAAACUCCGCGAGCCACUUUCUAAACUGCUCUUCAAAGACAUCGUGGACGUCCACGGGAACUCUCGCCGCCUGCAGAGACUUCUCCGCCAGUGGAUCCGCCAGACCCGCAGCGGCACCAUGACCCCGUCCCACGUCCCAUUCCACGCAAUCGUCAGCGUACCAGACGACAACAAAGCCGACGGCCCACACGCCAAAUGCCCACGCCUCGUCAUGCCCAAACAACAACAAGACAACGAGGAAAACAUUGCUGAACAGUCUAGUCUGAGUCAGAAUCUCGAACAAUCGAAGUUGUACCCGUCAGCGGAAUGCCUCCUGACGCCCCCUAGUGACGACAGUGUCAUCGAGGAGGCCAUGAGAAGCGCCUCCCACCUCGCAGUGUUUGGGUUCCCGGGCACGGCCAAGGGAGAAAUGCCUUUUGAAGCACCAGCAGUUGUGGAAGCAGCGCGCCCUGAAACUCCGCUCACCGAGUUCCAGUGGACGUUCUCGAGGCAGAUGUCGGUGAACCCUCAGCAAGAUUCCAUACUGAAGCGCAUCUUGAACCAGCCUGAGUUCCUUCACUUGACAGAAGAAAAUGAUGAAGAACUGCUCCAAUCCCUCAUCGACCUUUUCUUCGGCGGUAUCACCAGCACCUUGUCCGCCCUGGAGUUCACCCUCAGUUACCUCACACAGAACCCGCUCAUGCAGGAGCACGCGCAGAAGGAGAUAGACCGGGUACUGGCGGGAAAACCAGGCGGCCAGGUCACGUGGUCGGAUCGGGAGAAUAUGCCGUAUGUCCACGCGUGUAUCGUGGAGGCUUUGCGUCUUGGGGCAGUCACUCCUUCCUCGCUGCCACAUGUUGCUAAGGAUGACACUGAGAUCGAGGGCUACUUUGUGCAGAAAGGCACAAUGGUUCUGGCUGGCAUCUACAGUCUCCAUUACGACCCCGUUUAUUACCUUGACCCCGAGGCGUUCAGACCGCAGCGCCACCUGGACACUGAUGGCAAGUUCAAGGCGCCCGAAAGUUACCGGCCAUAUGGCGUGGGCGCCCGUCGAUGUGUGGGUGACAAAAUGGCGGAGAUGCAGCUGUUUCUGUACACGGCCAGCAUCCUGAGAAACUUCUCGCUGAAGCCACUUCCGGGCAAGAAGGGAACAUCUAUGGAGACGCACAUGAGAAUUGUUCACAGGCUCAAAGAUUUCAAGUGCAUUCUGCACCGAAGGAACCUCACUUCUGAAUAAUUCUUCUCUUUCAAAAAUUUCCUGUUUUCCUUUAUAAUUUAUUAUUAUUAUGAUGAUGAUGAUGAUGAUGAUGAUGAUGAUGAUGAUGAUGAUGAUGAUGAUGAUGAUGAUGAUGAUGAGACAGAAUGUUUUACUGCAGGAAGGUCCGAGAAGUAACGUCCCACAAGUUGAAAGCUAAGAAGAAGAAUGUAUUAUUAUGUUUUUCUUCGACUUUUUCAUUUUCUUUUUUUUUUUUUUGGUUCCCUCAGCAAUUAUGUCAUUCGGACUUUUUUUUCGUAUUUUUACUACCUGAACUUUGUAUUUUUGUUGUUUGGAUCAUUUCAUUUUUCUUUCAAUCCACAUUUCGUAUUGAAUCUCCUCAAUUGCGACGUUGAAGUAUGUGCAAUAGCUUCAUUUCUUUUCUCUCCUUUCUUUAUAUCUGUAUGUUUACAAAUGUAAAUGUUUUGUAUGUAAAUGUGUGCAUUUCUUUUGAAUACAUCAUGUACAAACUUUCACACGUUCAUAAAGAUAUAAAAGAAUGUGGACUACAUAACAGUGGUGUCGGUGUAUUGAAUUGUCAUGUUUUAUGGAUGGUUUACGUAACAAUACAAGUACGUUUUCAAGAGAGUUUAUUGUAAAAACUACUACAAUUCCAUUUCCACCCUACUAAUACAUGUCAAAUCUCAAGCAGGGAUGCAUCAGAAUAAUGUAAUUCAAUACUCAGCCAAUCAAAAGAAGACGGUCACCGUCCCUUUAUGGAUCUUUCUUCUCACUGGUUACUUUUUGGUAGUCAUUCUCCUUGAGAUUUGACAUGUUCUUUCAUCUUUUGAGCCACGAUUUCAUAGGUACAAUCACGAUGUUCAGUUUGUCUCCUGGUUGGAGUGAAGUGUUUCUUAAGCACAACAUGUUUGUUUUUAAAAAAAUAGAUGUGCUUUUUCUUCCAUCAAUUUUUUAUUUUGAUUCUCAGAGAUGAGGAGAUUUUUGUAGAUAUGUACAUGUAAAUAAAUAUUUUCUAGUUCUUUUAAUAUUGUCUGUGUUGAAUUAUUUCAACUUGUCUUCAAAUUAUUGACAAAGCGCACAAUGCUUUAGAUUAUCUGUGGCAAAACGAUUUUUGAAUAUCACGAGAGUCCUUUUUUAUACCCUUACAAAUAUGAGGGAUUAACAUGAAAAAGAUGGGAAUAUUUUAAUGUCAUCUAUUAUAUAUUCUCUUUUUACUCUUAAGAUUUUCAGCAGAUACAACAGAAAAAUGCAUUUCUGCAUACACUGCUUGCCUAUUGUUCUAGCAUUGUUUUUUGGUUGUAUUUUUUCAACUGCCUGGAUGAAGUUGUACAGAUCUCUAGGUAUUCUGUGAAUGAAUCAGGGUUACAUUGCACUUUGAAUUACUUCCUGGUCAUACCCUAGAUUAUGCUAAUGUUUUGUGACCGUUUUUCAAUUCGUUUUUUAAAUUAUUUCUUCCCCACUGAAGACAUUUGCUCUUGAAAUGGCAUAAUAUAAUUUUAAUCAAUUCAGGAAUAUGACGUCAUUGCCUAAAUUAUAAAUCUUUAUUUGUUCUAUUUACUGUACUAUUUUAUGACCAAGUUUUUCAAUGAUCUGUACUUUUAUACAUGAUGUAAUUAUAUUUAUUUUGUGAAUAUUGUUGCCUGAACAAGCAUUCAAAUGACUGCUUUCUUUUAUUUGUUGAACAUGCUGAAAUAAAACUAAAUACUUCCAA